UGUCAAAAAUCAGAAAUAUUUUUUGAUAAUCACAAACUUUCACGUAGAUUUUUGCUCUGAAAAAUUUAACAAAAGUUGGAUUGAAAGGUGUUCCAUAUCAAUCCUGGUCAGUGUCAAUCAGUUUCUUAUCCUUUGGUGCAUGUGGUAAGCUGAUGCAGACAUAGAAAAUGUUCUGAUACUGGCCUCAAAUAAUAAAACAAAGAAUCCAUCUCAAAUCGAUACAGCUGCGUACUUUGAGCCAGUGCCAGGGGUUCCAUUUUCGGUGGCGAAGUUCCACAGUCGAGGUGAACUGGUUGCUUCUAUCGUACCCACAUAAUCAAAGAUGUCUAAAACCGUAAAACGACCCACUGCGGGAAUCCGUCCGAGCUGCUAUAUUCCUUCAAGGCUGGAGGAGCGACGGACGAGGGCACGAAUUCUACGCCAGGAGCGACGGCGAAAGCCCGAUAAACCAGACGAUUUUGUAACCUACGAAGACAGUGAUAGUGAGGAGGAAACUCCAGCCCAGCAACACCAGAUUCUAAGCACUUCGUUCAAUUUCGUGGACUAUGUUCGCAGUCGGGAAUCAGACUUCAGGGAGGAGCGGAGUGUGGAUCCGGCCUACGCUAGUCGGCAUAUCCUGACGCACGAUAUGUUUAAGGAAACCCCGAUAUCACUGGGGAAUAUUAAUAAAGUGUUCUGUUCGCAGUGGCUCAGCAAUCGCCAGGUGGUAUUUGGAACUAAAUGUAACAAGUUGAUGGUGUACGACGUGAAUACUCGAAAAGUGGACGCAAUCCCAACGCUGCCUAACAAUCGUGGAGCAAGUCCGGAUACCCAGUGCGGUAUUCAUGCGUGCCAGAUUAACCCGAGUCAUAGUCUGCUAGCGACGGGUGCGCGCCAUUCGGCUGAUAUUGCAAUCUAUCGACUUCCGACGUUGGAUCCGCUCUGUAUCGGUGAGAAUGGUCACCGGGAUUGGGUGUUUGAUAUGUGCUGGCUGGAUGAUCAGUUUCUGGUAUCAUGUUCACGCGAUACAAAGGUUGCCCUAUGGCGCAUAAAUGAGGAAACGAUGGAUUUCCCCACAGCCAAGGAAGGCGAAGAGCAGGAAGCUGUACCAUCGUAUGCACACGUUAGUCCCGUCUCGGUAAAGGAGUGCCGAGGUGCGCAGAAAAUUCGGGCUCUCUGCUUUAACAAGGAGUACCGAGAGAUAGCACUGCUUUCAUUGAACGGAUACAUGCAUCUGUUCAACGCGGAAACGUUUUCGCAAAAGUUAUCCAGAAAACUGCCGAAUUGUCAGGAAAAUGUGUGUAUUGCUUGUCAGAACAAUGGAUUAUAUGCCGUGGGCUGUCGGUCUUAUACACUGCUCCUGGAUCCUAGAACGUUGCAGGCCGUGAAAAAAGUUGCUUCGCGCUACAGCGGUUGUGGAAUUCGUUCAGCCAGCUUCCAGGGUAAUAUUUUGACCAUUGGUACCGGGCUUGGGAUGUUGAUGUUUUACGACAUCCGUGCUGGCAAAUAUCUCGAAUCGCAAACCAGCGCAUCCCGCACAGUUGUGCUAAAAGCCAGUCGGGGCUACGUAGCACAGUUUCCCGAAGAAGAGAUGGACAACUUCCAGCAGAUCAAAUACGUUCCGGCUAUUUACACUCACUGUUACGAUAGUAGCGGAACCAGACUGUUCACGGCAGGCGGGCCCCUGCCGGCCACGCUCAUAGGAAACUACGCGGGAAUCUGGCAAUAAUAGGGACGUGGGAAACAGCCCAAUAGCGCACGUAAGAAAGCAGAACCCCAUAGGACAAUGGUAUAUACAUAAUUUAUUUUCUAUACUUCAUGCGCAGCACUCACAUAGUGUCGGUCGAACGUCUGGCAGGUUAUCGAAAAAGUAGGAAUUUGGUUGGAAUGGAUCCUCCCCAAGUAGAAAUAUUGGCAAUAAUCAAGUGUUUGGUCAAUAUAUUGAUGGUAUGAAGGCGUC